ACUGCCAACCGUUGCCAAUGGGAGCGAAAGAGAAGAAGCGGAGAGUGUCGUCUUGUUUCUCUUUUGGUUCGAGUUCUCUUGGCGAUAGAACGUUUCCACGAUGAAGCUAAACGUAUCGUAUCCGGCGACAGGAUGCCAAAAGCUCUUCGAAAUAUCGGAUGAGCACAAGUUAAGAAUCUUUUACGAAAAGCGAAUGGGCGCCGAAAUUGAGGCGGAUGCGUUAGGAGAUGAAUGGAAAGGAUAUGUGGUACGCAUAUCAGGUGGAAAUGACAAGCAAGGAUUUCCCAUGAAACAGGGUGUCCUUACAAAUGGUCGUGUACGUCUAUUGCUAUCAAAGGGCCAUUCUUGCUAUAGACCACGACGCGACGGCGAAAGGAAGAGAAAAUCUGUUCGCGGUUGCAUUGUGGACUCUAAUUUAUCGGUACUCGCUCUCGUUAUAGUACGCAAGGGACAACAGGAAAUACCGGGUCUGACNGACAUGAACGUUCCGCGUCGUCUAGGACCCAAGAGAGCAAGCAAGAUUCGCAAGCUCUUUAAUUUAACUAAAAAGGACGACGUACGACAGUUCGUCGUUAAACGUCCAGUUCAAAAAGAAGGAAAAAAGGAGCGUCUAAAGGCUCCGAAAAUCCAGCGAUUGAUAACUCCCAUUGUUCUUCAGAGAAAACGUCACAGAUUGGCGCUGAAGAAGAAGCGUUGCUUGGCUCGCAAGGAACAAGCCGCGGAGUACGCGAAAUUGCUGGCGCAAAGACAAAAGGAGGCGAAGAACAGACGACAGGAGGAACUCAAACGUAGGCGCAGCGCCUCCAUGAGGGACUCCAAGUCCUCCAGCCAGUCGGCACCCACACAACAGUAAAUCUGAAAAUUCUGCAAAAAUUCAUAAUAUACAUAAUAAAAAAAUAUAUAAAAAUAAAACAUCAA